UCACGCCUGGUCGAUGAGUGCGAGUGAUCUGUGCAUUUCUCUUCCACUCCUCCUUUACCCAAAUGCCUUCCUCUGCCCUCUUCGUCUAUCUUAUUGCCAGAUAUCCCGACUCAGAUUAGAUUCAUUUCUCAUUCUACCGGUCGCGAGACAAUGGACCAUUCUCACGGUACCCGUGGAAAGGAUGAUCACAGUCUCGACUGUGGUCAAAUCUCUCUACAAGACUAUAUGGAUGGGCCACGCUCACAUAGAUUUGUGGACAUGGAGAGGCUGAAAUUUCCUGAAACUUCCGAAGAAACCUAUGAAGAAAGUUACGGAACCCCUUCACUCACGGCCGCACUCUCAUCUUCUUCUAGCCGUUCGAUUCCGGUAGAAAACAAUGAACACCGUAAUCCUUCCGACACAUAUUCCAGCCGGGCACCCGAACCUCUUGUCUUAGAGGACGGCAUCUUUUCAACAGCACCUAGGUUCAGUCCUUCAGGAGACUGCCCUUUUGAUCAAGCAAUAGCGUUCGACACUGCGUUCAAAACCCGUUUUCUGGAUUUCGAUGCCUACCCGUUUGUUUUUGAUUUGUGCAGUCGUCCCGACCAAGCUCCCUUGCCAAGGGAAAUAAUCGAGCGCCAACUCGCCACUCAGGAGGGCAAUGAGAACUCUGAAUAUGCGUCUACUUACUGGCCUGCACUCUUCCCAGACCCAACGGAACUAAAUACCAUGGAAGAUCUCCACACUAGCAGACCAAAAGAUAAUAUGCUGGCUUCUAUCCCGGAAACCAGCCCUGCUGAAGUCGAGUACGAGCAGCAGUACAUCGUUGGGCUGGCUAGUGAGAUGCAGAGAAGACUACGCCAUCUUUCCGACGCUGGGGUAUCGCGAUCUUGGAACUCGUCCUUUUCCAGUGUGAUUCGAGCCUUUACGAUCCGCCUUGGCUAUGAGUCCUCAAAUGAUAUCAGUCACGAUACCUGGCAAAUCAUUCAUAAGAACAGUGGAGAGCUUUUUAAUCACCUUCAGAAUAUGAUGUCAUUGUUUGACAACCACAUCAAAAGUAAGGAAACCGAUGGCAUCAAGGGAAAUCUUCAUGAUAUGUCUGUGGAGGAUAAGAUGAGUCUCUGGGAGGAACAAAAGAAUCCCAAUUGCACACCACCUCCACAGCACACACAGCUCAAGGAAGACACACGAGAUCGCAUUGAAUCUUCCACAAGACAAAUCGAAUAUGAAGCGAUACUAGAAAGUCGGGCCUUCAAUUGGUUAUUAAAUCAUUUGGAAAGACAAGCCUCGCUGUGGUGGGAUGACAAUGAUCUAGGAAUCUGCGUGCAGGAGGAGAUCCAGCGAAAAGUUAUGAAUCUCUUCGCAUUGGAGAUCGAUGAAAGGCACACAUCAGAGAUUCAAAAGAUCAAGUUUCAGCUUCUUGACUGGCCGCUACUCGGCAUAGGAAGUGACAAACAACAUCUUCAGCACAACGACAAGACAAAACCUUUGAGACAAGUCACGCUUGAAUCUGCGGUGGUCGUAUGUUGUGCAGAUAAGAGUCAGGUGGUGACCAUAAGAGACUACAUGGAUCAGACAUGGCCAUCAAACUGGAAACAGGCCUUUGAUUUACUCCAAUCUUGUGCAGACUUUGGGGAAACACAGGUUUUGAACAAUAGGCACCAAGUCGUUGGUCCACCAGGGUAUCCUAAUCUCCUAGCUUCGGUAGAAGAUGGACACCUUACGGUUACAGUUGAAGGAUAUCCAUACUUCAUAGCUGAGUAUGGCGAGCAACUUGCGUGGCUCUCAGCCGCUGUUGCACAGAAUAGCCGGGCUGUUUAUCGCAGACCAACAAUCACUCGACAGAGAGAGAUAGGAUCGGACGAAACCAUCUUCUGUUUCGACAUCGUUCUAGAGGAAAAGCCGCUUCAUUCAUUGCCGCCGCAAGAACGGUCAUUGGCAGGAAUCCUAGGACAGGAUUUCGUAGCCAUUCGAGGAUUUCCCAUCCUUCGUCGCCCGAUAGAGUUUCCUGGGAUGGAGAUUCCAUGGAACAUGGCUCAAAAGCUCGUAGGAAGUCCUUGCAGUGUUCACACAUCCCAUGGGGGGCAACUAGUCCUCAGCGGUUGGCGAAAAGCCAUUGCUCUCGCCAAACAAACCCAGAAUAUUUCCCUUUGGUCCGAGGUCGCCACAGGCAAAACCGCAAGAUUGAUGAUAGGACCCGGCGCAACACACGUCAUGGAGCUGGUGCAAUAUCAAACUGGUCGGCAUAUCAUCACCCAAAUCGAAGACUCAGCGUGGCCAGAGACACCAUCGGGAUUCUCCUCUUCGGGAAGAAAAUCAAAAGAACCAGCUGUGGACGUCAACUCCUCAACGCCAUCUGUCCAAAUUUUGGACACGAUCGAGUUGUCGCCCUGGCAUUCAAAUCCAUAUGGAAAUCAAAGCAAGUCUGAACACUGCAACAGUGGUUUGAUCGAUCCCCAUGAUGGUGGCGGUGAUGGAGCUGCCGAUUCCGCAGCUGCUGAAUCUGCAGAUUCCUUGGACACGGAUCUUCUGUCAGUAUCAGAUGAGUCGGAUAAUAUCGACUUCCAGCCUUUGUACGAAGACCAUCCAACUUUGCCACUGAUCCAGGCCAUUGCUCGUACCCUGCUCCGGGACUAUCGACUUCAGACUCAGCAUCGUGGAGAGACGUCUUCCAGUGGUGCCUCUUCCUCGGCAUCAGCGCUUGACCAAACGCAAGAGGCGAAAGGGCCUUCGAACCCUCAAAUUACAGUCAAUAGAAAGCGCAAACCUGAAACUGAGCUCAAAUCGGGCAGAGAGCCAACUAAAUCAUCGGGAUCAGCACAGGAGGCUAAAAAGCAGCAGCUCACAUUAGCAUGCCCUUUCUGGAAAUUCAAUACCGACAAAUAUCAUGUUUGCGUCACCAAAAAGCUCACAAGGGUACGGGACGUUAAACAGCAUCUUAAGAGGAGUCAUACUCCUGAGCACUACUGCCAACGCUGCUUCAAGAUCUUUGCCAACGAAGAUAGUCUUCGAGACCAUGUAUCGAAUCCGGAAGGGUGGACCUGCCCUCUCAACGAAACAGGGGCGCUGGACGGAAUUUCUCAUGAACAAAGCAGGAACUUACACAGGAAGUCGGCUCCUGGGCAGACGGAUGAGAAUCAGUGGUUCGCAAUUUGGGACAUUCUUUUCCCUGGAAAGACAAAACCACGCUCAGCGUACAUGAAUCCCGAUAUGUGCGAAGAACUAUCAGCUUUCCAAGAGCAUUUGAACUACAAUGCUGCUCAAGUCGUGCAAGAUUCACUAGAGACCGCGGGGUUUCUUUGGCAUCUCACAACCGAGGAGGAGUCACAAAAUCUUCGCAGGGUAGUCAACGAGGCUAUCUAUGCCAUGCAACAAGAGUGGAUUUCAAAUCGAACAACGAUGCGACCAAUAGCAAGCGUACGACAUUCACAUCAUCAAAGUCACCCUGGCAACUCUCAACCCGUCAGAGGAUUGGCGACUCCCACUGACAGCGGCAUUAGUUUGGGAUCACAGACCGACGGAUCAUAUCGAAGACCAAGUACUAUACCUCAACAAGCAAAUCUUUCAGGUUUAGAACAGCAGGAUAGCUCGACUGGGAUUGAGUCGCAAGUUUUGACAAGAUUGGAACAUGCAGCUCGAAACAUGCCGGUCUUCGAUGGAGGGCCGACCACAAAUUCUUUAGCUGCCCAACCAGGAUCAAACUUUUGGGUACCGCAGGCCCAUCUAGCGGGGUUGACAGGACUCUUUGGACCCGAUUCAAGAAUGAACGGAUUUGGUACGGCGAAUGGUACAGUCCCGCCAAUCGAUCUUUCAUUUUGGGGCUUUGGUGAGAACGUGGAACAUGUCACUCAGGCUGUAACAGGAGCAGCAACGGCGGAAGUUCCGUCAUCAACAGCGCAAACACCUUGA